AUGGAUUUUGAAUACAUCACUGAAAACGUUGCUGGACCUGGUUUAGAUCCUGUUUGCUUGGAGGAUCAAUUUGAAGGUUGUUCAUGCAUUGGAGAGUGCAGUGCUGCUAGCAAAUGUUCAUGCAUUUUUAAUGGAUUGGAUGGCCGCUUUUUUCAUUCACCAAAUUCUGCUUCAAGUUCGGUUCUUUUGGAAUGUUCUAACAAUUGCGAAUGUGCCCUCUGCCCAGAAAAAUGUACAAACAGGAAUAUUCAACUUGGAAUUAAGUUUAAAUUGAAGGUAGCAAAAUGUGAUUCUGAACAGAAAGGUUUUGGGGUAUUUGCUCAAGAAAAGAUACCUGCCGGACACUUUGUGGUUGAAUAUGUAGGUGAACUUGUAUCAAAGGAAGAGGCAGAAAGGAGAUUAACUAGUCAACUACAUCACAACUAUCUUUUUACAAUUAGAGAAUUUAUUGGGGGUGAAUGUCGGUACACUUUUAUUGAUGGGCGUUACAAAGGGAACAUUUCUCGCUAUAUUAAUCAUAGCUGUGAGCCAAAUUUGUUUCUGCAAGUAUUCCGUUUGGGAAGGGCUUCACCUUCAUUGGCAAUGUUUGCAAGUCGAGAUAUUUUGGAAGGUCGAUUUUUAAAUUAAAUUUGGCCUCUUGGAGAUUAAUAUUCUGGGGAUUUCUCUAUUAGAAUAUACAUAGAUUGAAAUUAGGAAAAUUAAAAUGUUCACUGUUAUUAGUGAAAAAAUAAAGCAAUUAUUCGAGCUAAAAAGAUUGGUACUAAAAUUGCUGAGGACCAGAA